AUGCUGUACUUGUAUGAGACAUCAAAGAUCGAGACUACGAAGCGAUCACAAAGUGCCAACCGACUGGCAAUACGAACGAUGUGGAUAAUCCUAGAUGCGACGGUUCUAGACGGAACAUCUGGAUUCAUGGACUCAUAA